AUGUCGAACAUCGUGGGCAUCGAGUACAACCGUGUCACGAACACCACGUCCACUGACUUCCCUGGCCACCUGGCCAACGAGGACCAUGCCUGGGACAUGGAGAAAUUCAAGUCCAAGUUCGACAUUGACAUCUCAUAUAUCGCAGGCAGAACCGCUAACUUCGACUUGAUCAACAUCGACACCUCGAUUGCCAAUGCGUUCCGUCGUAUCAUGAUCUCGGAGGUUCCUUCUGUUGCUGCCGAAACAGUCUACGUCUUCAACAACACAUCAGUUAUCCAGGACGAGGUGCUCGCACACAGAAUCGGUCUUAUCCCAUUGGACGUCGACCCCGAUGUGUUGGUCUGGCUCGACCCCUCUGUCGACGAGAAGGAGCGCUUUAACGACACAAACACCAUCGUCAUGUCCCUCGACAUCAGCUGCACACGCAAUCCUAAUGCUCCAGCUGAUGCCACGGACCCCAACGUUCUUUACAGAAACCUGAACGUGUACGCCCGUGACCUUAAAUUCGAGCCCCAGGGCCGUCAAGGCGACAUUUUCAAAAAUAAUCCUGUCCAGCCAUGUGAUCCAGACAUCUUGCUCGCCAAGUUGAGACCAGGCCAGGAGAUCUCCUUGAGAGUUCAUUGCAUUUUGGGUGUUGGAAGUGACCACGCCAAGUUCUCACCCGUUUCCACGGCAUCGUACCGCUUGAUGCCCACCAUCGACAUCAAAGAGCCCAUUGAGGGUCCUUUGGCUAAAAAGUUCCAGAAGUGCUUCCCCUCUGGUGUGAUUGGCAUCGACGACAACAACAGGGCAUUCGUCAAGGACGCCAGAAAAGAUACUGUGUCUAGAGAGGUGUUGAGACACGACGAUCUAGCAUCGAAGGUGAAGUUGGGCCGUAAGAGGGACCAUUUCAUUUUCAACGUGGAAUCCACAGGUGCCAUGGCGCCUACGGAAAUCUUCCUCAAGUCUGUCCGUGUGUUGAAGAACAAGGUGGACUACUUGAGAAACUGUCCGAUUGGCCAGUAG